AUGUUUAAGCAUUAUGAAACAGGUGUAGAUAAUUUAAUCCUGAAAUUGUAGAAAUAGAUAAGAACCACUAAUUUUGAAUUAAAAAGGAUGAAUCGAUUUAUUCUUCCUCAAAUAAUAAACAAAAGUUGCGAAAGCGAACGAUAUAAGAAGGUUCUUAAAACAUUGGAAGAUCCAAUUUUGAAGCAAUAUUCUAAUCAAAGGUACUUAGACAAUAGCGAAAAUUCAAUUCGUCAUAUAUCAUACGAAGUAAAAAAAAGUAAUUGUAUCAAACCUCCGGUUGAAUUAGUAAAAUUAGAUGAAUGUUAAGUAUUUGUUUGGAGAAUUUCUAAUAAAAAACCAUAAAACUCCUCAAGAAACUCAAGAUAUUCAAAUGUGUAAAAAUGA